AUGGCACUUAACGGCCUCUCCCUCACUCUCGCCACCCCUCCUUCCACCUUCUCCCACUGUCUCCCCCCGUCAUGCUGGACCCUGGAGGAAACCUCCGCCCUCAUCGACGCCUACCGCGACAAGUGGUACUCCCUCGGCCGCACAAACCUCAAAGCCAUCCACUGGCAAGAGGUCGCCGAUGCCGUCACUGCCCAGUGCCCCAACGCUUCUGUCACUGCCAAAACCGCCGUCCAGUGCCGCCACAAAAUGGAAAAACUUCGCAAACGCUACCGCACCGAAAUCGAAUGCCUCCGCUCCCUCCCUCUCCCUCGCCUCAUCAACAACUCCAUCACCGCUUCACCCUCCUCCUGGGUUCACUUCAAAUCCAUGGAUUCCAUGGAAAAAGGCCCCAACAAACCCCACACCGACACCACCGCCGCCACCAACCCCAACACCCCCACCAACAACCUCAAUUUCCCCGACGACGACCCUGUUGAGAGGUUCACUGCUGUUGGGACUCGCAUGCCUAAAGGAGUUCUUCUUGUUGGUCCUCCAGGAACUGGGAAGACCCUGUUGGCCAAGGCUAUUGCUGGUGAAGCUGGUGUUCCAUUUUUUUUAAUAUCUGGUUCUGAGUUUGUUGAGAUGUUUGUUGGUGUUGGUGCUUCUCGAGUUCGUGAUUUGUUCAUGAAGGCCAAAGAGAACGCCCCUUGCAUUGUCUUUGUUGAUGAAAUUGAUGCUGUUGGAAGACAAAGAGGAACUGGAAUUGGUGGAGGGAAUGAUGAAAGAAAGCAGACCCUCAACCAACUUUUGACAUAAAUGGAUGGUUUUAAGGGUAAUACUAGUAUCAUUGUCAUUGCAGCAACUAACAGGGCAGACAUUCUUAACUCUGCCUUAUUGAGACCAGGACGGUUUGAUAGACAGGUUACUGUUGAUGUUCCAGAUAUAAGGGGAAGGACCGAAAUUCUAAAGGUUCAUGGUAGCAAUAAAAAAGUUUGAUGAUGAUGUUUCUCUUGAUGUGAUUGCCAUGAGAACGCCUGGUUUUAGUGGAUCUGAUCUUGCAAAUCUCUUGAAUGAGGUUGCCAUAUUACCUGGUUUGUCAAAACAGGUUAUUCUUCAAGUAUUUAUUAGAUAAUGACAUCAGGGCCCUUUCUGCUGUUGUAUUGUACCGAUAAGUCCUGAAGGUCUAUAUAUUUUGUUAUUUAUUCUUCAAGUAUUUAUUAGAUUGUUUGGAUGACAGGUGAAAAGUCCAAAGAUGGGGUAUUUGUUCCAAAGAAGGGAAGUAGGAGUUGCGAAAGCUUGUACGUAGAGUGCACAUUACUCAAGAGACGAAGGCUGAUAUAAUUGAAAUGUCUUGUUAUAUCAGUUUUUGGUGCAUUUUUUAGCUAGUCCAGAUUGCUUUAAUUGAACUAAUCAUAAAAACAAGCAGGAGUAUCACUUGGUGCAGCCAAUGAAUGAAUGUGCUGGAUGUUGUCUUAAAGUCUGAAAAAGCUGGAUCAGUGAGCAAAGCAUGGCUCGUGAGUGUGACUGGAGAAUGGCUGGAGUUGUAUUGGUGACCUGUGCUAUCUAGUGAAGAACUUAAAGAAACAAAAUAUGCAUGAGGAUAUGACUUGCAAUGGCCUGGACAGAAGAUUGAAGCUGAACUGUUGUUCAUACGUGAGGGAGGAGAGUUCACUUUAGAUUUUCUCUGAAGUUGGAAGUGGGACAAUAUGUUUUUACGUUAAUACUGUUAUUUUUGGUUUAACAUUGCAAAUUUCUAUUUCUCCACUGUAA